CUGACCAAUCAGCUCUCUUGGAAAAUGGCCUGUCCGUUUUAUGAGAACCCGGUUGAUCUUGGUGCACAGCUUGUGCGAAGAGCGCUCAGGCGCGAGAGAACAUUUAGGGAUCGUUGUAAUCCGUUCGAAUUGCCUGAACAAACACUGUACGAAAGGUACAGGUUUUCGGGGGAGGGGUUACAAUACAUCUGUCAGCUGCUGGAGCCUUACAUCAGUAAUGUAACGCACCGCAACCACGCGCUGACAGUCCCGCAGACAGUGUGCAUUGCACUGAGGUUUUUUGCCACAGGUACUUUUAUGUAUUCUGUUGGCGAUGCCGAAAACCUCGGGAAAAACACUGUCUGUAGAGCUAUUCAUAAAGUCGCGGGGGCCCUGACUGAGCUCAUCGAUGCAUUCGUGGUGUUUCCCGGCCACCUGCCCACGCAAUGCAUCAAAGAGGGCUUUUAUGACAUCGCAGGGUUCCCCAGGGUGCUGGGUGCCAUUGACUGCACCCACAUCCCCAUCUCUGCCCAUCUGGGUGAGAAUGAGGCCGACUUUGUGAAUAGGAAGUCUUUUCACAGUCUCAACAUUCAGAUGACAUGCGACCAUCAGAUGAUGGUCACCAGUUUGGUGGCAAAGUGGCCAGGGUCUGUCCACGACUCCCGCAUAUUCAGGGAGUCUUUGCUGUGCCAAAAGCUGGAGCAGGGGCAGUUCAGUGGAGUGCUCCUUGGAGACAGAGGCUACGCCUGCCUGCCUUAUCUCCUGACCCCCUAUCCUGAUCCUGGUGCAGGGCCACAAAUGAGGUUCAAUGUGGCCCAUGCCAAAACCAGGGUCAGGAUAGAGAUGACCUUUGGGGUCAUCAAGGCACGAUUUACAUGCCUCCGUGGCCUGAGGGUGGCCCCAGACCGGGCCUGCAGGAUCAUAUCUGCAUGUGUGGUUCUGCACAAUAUCGCCACAAUGAGGAAGGAGAGGACCCCCCCCAGUGACCCCCCACCCCCGGAUGUGGUAGACCCCAUCAUUGUUGAUUUCCCUUCAGGCAGGGCUGUGAGAGAGGCCAUAACUGAAAAUUUUUUUAGUUAA